AUGAACUUGAAUCCCUCUCCUUUCUCUCUCUCUCUCUCUCUCUUCAUAACAUCUUUCUCUCUCUCUCUCUCUUCUUCACCCUUCUUUUCCUCCCUUAUUAUCUCCAUUCGAUCUUUUUCUCUCUCUUCUUUCUCCCUUCCUACCCUCUUCUUUCUACAUUCUCUUUCUAUUUACAUGAAAAGGAAAAAAUAUCCUCUCUCUCUCUCUCUCUCUCUCUCUCUUUAUAACGUCCAUUCCUUCUCUCUCUCUCUUUCCCUUCUACCCUUCAAUACAUUUCCCUCCUUAUUAUCUCUUGAAACCUUUCUAUCGAAAAUAUCCUCUCUCUCUCUCUCUCUCUCUCUCUCUUUUAUAACGUCCAUUCCUUCUCUCUCUUCUUUCUCCCUUCCUACCCUUCUUUACAUUUCCUCUCUCUUUAUCUCAUUUGAAACCUUUCUAUCGGACGAUCUUUUAGCUCUCAAAAAUAUCCUCUCUCUCUCUCUCUCUCUCUCUCUCUUUAUAACGUCCAUUUCCUUCUCUCUCUUCUUUCUCCCUUCCUACCCUUCAAUACAUUUCCCUCCUUAUUAUCUCUUUGAAACCUUUCUAUCGGUCGAUCUUUUUUGCUCUCAGUCAGAUUCUCUUUCUAUUUACAUGAAAAGGAAAAAAUAUCUCUCUCUCUCUCUCUCUCUCUCUCUCUUUUUUAACGAAAAAAAUAUCUUUUCUCUCUCUCUCUCUCUCUCUCUCUCUUCUUUCUUCUCUUGUCCUUUCUUCUCUCUCUUCUUCUUUCUCCUUUCCUACCCUUCUUUUCUUUCUCUCCUUUUUAUCUUCUCUUCUUUCUCUCUCUCUCUUUUCUUUUUAGCUCUCAGAAUUCUCUUUCUUUUCUCUGAAAAAAAAAUCCUCUCUCUCUCUCUCUCUCUCUCUCUCUCUUUCUCUUUUUUUAACGUCCAUUCCUUCUCUCUUCUUCUCUCUUCCUUCCUUCCUUCAAUACAUUUCCCCUCCCUUAUUAUCUCUUGA